AGAUCUUGGUAUUACAUGGUAAUAACAAACGGAUUCCCUUUUGGUCUUUGGGGGAUUGUUCCAUUCUACGAUGAGCCCUAAAGCACAAAACUACAGUAUAUAACUAGAACUGAAAGUGAUCAUGGAUGAAGGUAAUACCAGUAAAUUCUGCGAGACCAGUAAGACGGACAGCUCCAAAGAAGCUGCUCUUUUGGCCCUAAUGGACCGAACAGGCUACAAUAUGGUUCAGGAAAAUGGACAGAGAAAAUUUGGUCCACCUCCAGGUUGGGAAGGCCCCCCUCCUCCACGAGGCUGUGAGGUGUUUGUUGGUAAGAUCCCGAGAGACAUGUACGAAGAUGAGCUAGUUCCUGUCUUUGAGAAGGCUGGGAACAUCUAUGAGUUCCGUUUGAUGAUGGAAUUCAGCGGGGAGAACCGUGGUUACGCCUUCGUCAUGUACACCACGCGCGAGGCAGCCCAAACAGCCAUCCAGCUCCUUGACAACUAUGAAAUCCGCCCGGGAAAGUUCAUAGGAGUGUGUGUGAGCCUGGACAACUGUCGCCUGUUUAUUGGGUCCAUCCCGAAAGACAAGAAAAAGGAGGAGAUCCAAGAAGAGAUGAUGAAGGUGACUGAAGGUGUGGUGGAUGUAAUUGUGUACCCCAGCGCAGUGGACAGGACGAAGAAUCGUGGCUUUGCCUUUGUUGAGUAUGAAUCUCACAAGGCAGCGGCCAUGGCUCGCAGGAAACUCAUCCCAGGAACGUUCCAGUUGUGGGGUCACACCAUCCAGGUUGACUGGGCGGAACCAGAAAAGGAAUUGGAUGAGGAAACCAUGCAGCGCGUGCGAGUCCUGUAUGUCCGUAAUCUCAUGCUGAACACCACAGAGGAGACGCUACGCACAGAGUUCUCAAGGGUGAAGCCUGGUGCCGUAGAACGCAUCAAGAAGCUAACAGACUACGCCUUCAUCCACUAUUAUAACCGAGAGGAUGCUUUGACCGCACUUGAAUCAAUGAAUGGAAAAGUGAUCGAUGGUUCACCCAUCGAAGUGAGCCUUGCCAAACCUGUCAGCAAGGAUGGGAACAGAAGAUCUGGACCACGAGGUACCAACAAUGGAACGGCAGCUUGCAGUAACUUUUGCGAUUUCAACUUCUUGUACCAAAGCAAAGAUGAAGUGGGAACAGGAGUGAUGAGUGAUGGGUUAACCGCACAUUCGAUCGGCUUGCCUCUACACCUGGGACACCUGUACGCGGCAGACUCGGAUCGCUGCGUGUACCCGUUCCUCCCAGGAUCUACUCUGGUGCCGGUCAGCCUGAGUGUCCUGAAGCCCAGUCAACUAAGCUCGGCUGUAUCGCUGCUGGAUUACUAUUGCCACAAGAACGACUGGUCUCCACCGGAGUAUCACCUUUACUCCCUAGCAGGGCAGGAGGGAAAAAUUCUGCUCAUCUACAAAGUGGUCCUCGGCAGGAGCAGCUACAUGCCGGAUAAAGUCUGCACCGUACUGGAGGAUGCGAAGGAGCUUGCUGCUCAGAAUGCAUUAUGGAACCUGGAUUGUUCAAUCAGUUGUCCUGGAUCGCCUGUGAAUUUGUCUCCUCCUGCACCUUCUGGCUCCAGUUUUGUGUCUUUUGGGUGUAGGUCUCUGCCCUACCCAGCGUACCCCAUGGCACCCAUCUCACCUCCCUUACCUGUCUCCUGCUCGCCCGCCCAAAGACUCUUUAUCCCGAACCAGUCAUCUUUUAUGUAGUCGAGUCAUCCGGUGCCUAUAAAUUUCCUCCGUUUUAUUUACGGGUUCAUAAUGUUAUGUAUGUAGAGUUUUGCAUUUUUUACUGCUAACCGUUCUGUUUAACCGGCACUAAAUUUCAAAACAGUUUUUUUUUGUUUACAUUCAAGCCACUGUUGUUGUUUUAACAUAUAUUCUGUUUGGCUCUUUGUUUUCCAAGUCGUCUCAUAUUCAUCUUUUCAUCUUCAGAAGCAUGUUAUUUACUUACAUUUUAUAAAAUACUGUUU